AUGCAUCGCGUCUCGGCUCUGCUCCCUUCGUGGGACCGAUCGAAACAAACUGCCCCCGCGCCGCGGACGCCCGGUGCACUGGAUAAGGUCUUUGGCUGGGCCGAAAAGAUUGUCGUGCCCAUCAACCGAAACAGCACGUCGACUGCGCCCACAGCACCCACCCGUUACGGCCGAGAAACAUAUUGGCCGACCACGCUCGACAAGGAGUGCGACAAGGCCGCCAGGAUCAUCAAGUCGUUCUGCUUCGAUGGCUUCCUCUCGCAGGAUUCCGAGCAGUCCGACACCAACAUAGCCGAACCGACGUCGACACCGAGUUACAUCACCAAGAAGAUCCCCCCUCGAAUAAUUCAAAAUGCCGUCGGUCUCGCUGUCUUCUCCUGCAUGCGGUCUGGCCUCUGGAUGUCGGGGUCCGGGGGAGCGGGCAUUAUCAUAGCGCGGAAGGCCGACGGGACAUGGUCGCCGCCGUCUGGGAUAAUACUCCACACUGCUGAGUUGGCCUUCGUCAUGGGUGUCGACAUCUACGACUGCCUCUUAGUGAUCAACAGCGUCCAGACCCUGGAGCUCUUCACCCGCGCUAAGCUAAUACUAGGCAACGAUGUCAACCUGGCCGUGGGACCACUUGCUGCUGAGGGACUGCCGGAGCCUGAGAUCAGAUGGAAGGAGAUCAACGACACUGUAUUGACGUACGUGAAGGCUAGAGGGAAGCACCAGGCCGUGCAGCUUGACGGGUCGUUGGUCACGGAGCGUGGCAACGAAAACGAACGCUUUUACUGUGCCGGCGUUACCAUCCUUGACGUCCUGGCCGGCAACGUCCCCAAGAACGUCCCUGAAAUGCGCCCACUAUAUGAGGUCAUCAAGGCCGCCGAGGGCCGUUCUGACUAUGACAAGGGACUGAUGGACUGGCUCGCCCAGCAGCCAGCACCCGGUGAUGCGCAGAUCGAGAGUCCAACGGAAUCCAUCGCAUCCCCAACAAAACAAGCGUUUGGCGUGCCGGACGCCAACGACCCGGAUCCCUUUGGCGUCAUCAGCCUGGAAAUGGCAGGCAUUGAGAUCCGCGAAGCGGGCACCAAGCUGCGACCAACAAGCACACAGUUUGAGUACCACCCGAGCCCGAACAGUCCCGUGUAUGGAAGAUUCAGCCGCCAGAGCAUGGAUACGUUCGUCUCGAGAAGCAACCGGGGCAGCUGCAUGUCGGCGAAGACACAAAACACAACAAUGACUGACGCGUUCACACAGACGGAUGUGGCCAGCACCGCCGACACAACUUACAGCCGCGCCAAUAGCGACGACGGGAAGGACAGCGUGGAGAGACUCCCCACGGUUGUAGAGCCGGGGGAGGUGGAUUACACCAAGGUCGACACGAGUAUCAUCGAGCGGCUGAAGCGGAGGACGGUCGAAAUUCCAGCGUCAAAACCGGCCCCUGCUGUCGAGACCAAGGAGGCAACGGUCACCGCGGGAACGCAAACUGCUACAGAUGCUAAACAAAGCCAAGAGGCGCCGAAACCCGGCAACCCGGACACGCCAAUUGAGAGCCUGAGUCUCAAAGCCACAGACGAGCUAGACGCCGAGGCCGAGGCCGACGAUGAGGAGGAGGAAGACGAGGACGAGACCGAGGAUGAAGAGCCGAUCAUCUGUGAAGUCGCGACAGCGUCGGCAGCACGGAGUUCCGUCUCGUCUCAAAUCACCCAAGUUAUCCAAGCCAAGGGCGCCAUCGUUACCAUCCCGAAGAGGAUACCGCCGCCGUUACCUGCACGGAGUCCCGCACGCGCCUCCCGAGGAAGCAAGAGCGAGUACGGUGAUGUGUCCUCGCUCAAAAGCCCUGUCCGCAACUCCUUCCUGUCCAUCGAGUCGCGGGCCUCUAUGGAGUCGCGGGUUAGUGACACCCAGUCUGCUGAGGUGGCCUCGGUCGACGAGAAGACUGCGACCGAAAAGCCAACGGGUGAGGAAAGCUCUUCAACGCAGAGAUCUGUCAGCCCAAGACAUCAGAAGAACUCAUCGUCAGUUUCCACCGCCGUAGCACUGGACAGCAUAUCUCGGAGGACGAGCAUCCGCUUAGAGAAGAAAGAGAGCUCGCCGCCUCCUCCUGUCCCGCCUACACCACAAAAUCUGGAGCCCGGUUCCUCAGCCGACGACGAAUCGGAAAGAGAGCCUAGGACGCCCCAGAUGACGGAGACGGAUUUCGAUGCUGCUUCUGAACACCAAACUGAACACAAGCCCAAUAAAGAGGCUCGUGAGAGUGUCAAGAUCGUCUCAGGCUCCCCGACAGAGAGCUUCUGAGCGAGAGAACCUGGUGGUGCCACCAGGUGGUCUGGCGGAGACCCGGUUCGUAUUUGUAUGACAGACGGUUGCCAAGGCAAGGCGGGCGUUGAUAUUUGUUGAGGUUUUGGAUACCCAGGCUGGGCGGGCUUUUUUUUCUCUCUCCAUGUGGCAUGAUGCACGGAGACGGAAGGGGGCUAUGCAUAUGGCAUAUGAUAUUAGCGAGGUGAGGAAAGGUCCGGCGAACCGUGUCUGUCGGGCGCCCAUUCAUGUUUCCGUAUGGGUUUGCGGU